AUGGCACAAAAUGUUUACGAUAAUCAGGACUUCUUUGAAGCAUAUGCUCAGCUUAGUCGUUCUGUCAAUGGACUGAAUGGGGCGCCUGAAUGGCCAUCAAUUGUCAAGAUGCUACCUGAAAUGGAGGGACUUAAUAUUGUCGAUCUCGGAUGUGGAUACGGCUGGUUCUGUCGUGAUGCACGGCAGAAGGGAGCAAAGCAGGUACUUGGACUGGAUAUUUCCGAAAGAAUGCUAAACAAAGCCAGAGAGAUGACAUCGGACACCGCAAUUAUUUAUCGUAACGAGGACUUAGAGCAACUUAAACUACCUGAAGCUACAUACGAUUUGGUCUAUAGUUCACUGACAUUGCAUUAUAUUGAAGACUUGUCCACAUUAUUGAAAACGAUUUAUCAAUCGUUAACAUCGGGUGGCCACGUUGUCGUUUCAGUAGAGCAUCCGAUUUAUACGGCUUCAAAACAUCCACGCUGGUUAAUCGACGAAGAGGGACAAAAAUCAUGGCCAGCGAACAGCUAUCAGACGGAAGGACGCCGUAUAACCAAUUGGUUGACUGAAGGUAUCAUUAAGCAACAUCGUAUGAUCGGAACUUACCUUAAUUUACUCAUCGAACAAGGAUUUAUUAUCAAACAUGUUGAAGAAUGGGGCCCCACACUACACCAAAUUGCUGAAACCCCAUCGUUGAAAGAGGAGAGUGAACGACCGAUGAUAUUACUAGUUUCAGCGCAAAAACAUACUAAUAAAUAA